CGGGAUUUCUGUUGAAAGAGGCAGAACGACUGCUAAGCUUCGUUCGUGGUUCUUGAUCCGGAAUUAGUUGUUUCGGGAACUCCGGAAGUGGUUGCUGGCGCGCGAGAAGCGUGUUCGCUCCCUAAAAGUGAAGUGGCCGCCGCGGUGCGAGGGAAGGGACCUGUUUAGAUGCUCUCCAAGUCCUUGGCUAUGGAGUAUUUGGCUCAUCCUGGUGCACUCAGCUUGGCUGCUGGAGUUGCUUGUGGCAUAUGCCUGGGAUGGGGCCUCAGGAUGCGCUUUGGGAUGCCACCCACACGCCUGACAAGUGAGCCUGACGCAGAGACCGGAACUGAAGCAAGCAUCAUGGGGGAGAAUGGGGAGUACAAAAUGAUUCUUGUGGUUCGAAAUGACUUAAAGAUGGGAAAAGGAAAAGUUGCUGCUCAGUGCUCUCAUGCUGCUGUUUCUGCCUACAAGCAAGUCCAAAGGAAAAACCCUCAAGUGCUCAAACAGUGGGAAUACUGUGGCCAGCCCAAAGUGGUAGUCAAAGCCCCUGAUGAAGAAACCCUGAUCGAAUUGCUGACCCAUGCAAAAAUGCUGGGGCUGACUGUAAGUUUAAUCCAAGAUGCUGGACGUACUCAGAUUGAACCAGGCUCUCAAACUGUCCUAGGAAUUGGGCCAGGACCAGCAGACCUAAUUGACAAAGUUACUGGUCACCUAAAACUUUACUAGAUGGGUUUUUGAGUGAUGGUAAUCCUGUCACAGUGUUUGAAACCUGUCAAAUUAUAAUAAAACUGGAUUUCUUCCCCAACUUAAA